AUGACCAUCUCCCUUAACUUUGCUUCCCUCGCCACAGACUCUCAUACCAGGCGCACUCUCUCAGACCUCUCUCUCUCCGUCGCCAAAAGCAAGAAAAUCGUCGUUGUCACUGGGGCUGGCAUAUCUUGCUCGUGUGGCAUUCCAGACUUUCGUUCGUCUGAUGGGCUUUACGCCCUAGUAAAGGAAAAAUAUCCAGAUGUCGUUUUGAAGGGUCGCGAUCUCUUCGACGCCUCACUUUUCCGCGACGCCACAUCUACCUCAGUGUUUUACACCUUCAUAUCUCAGUUGAAACGAUCUAUCGAUGCUGCUACUCCUUCACCUACACACCAAUUCAUCAAGACUUUAGACACGAAGAAUAAACUACUUCGUUCAUAUACCCAGAACAUUGAUGGUCUUGAAGCGCGAGUAGGUCUACUGGGAACCUCAAAAGGAAAGAGCAAGAUUCGAACGAAGGAGGUCCGCAACGUCGAAUUACACGGGAAUAUACACCGCGUUCGGUGCAUGGCUUGUUCGGCGGAGUAUCCCUGUACGGAAGACCACUUGGAUGCUUUCAACGUAGGCGCGCCUCCUGACUGCCCAGAAUGUUUAUCGCGAUCUGAAGCUCGCGUGGCACGGUCAGCUCGCCCCAUCCGCGUUGGCUCUCUCCGACCAGCCAUUGUUCUAUAUGAUGAGCCUCAUCCUCUGGGGGAUGAUAUUGGUACAAUCCAGUCAGCUGAUGUGUCGCGCAAGCCGGACAUGCUUAUUAUUAUGGGCACAUCACUCAAAGUUCAUGGUCUCAAAAAACUUGUCAAGGAUUUCGCGCGGACGAUUCACGCCUCCAAUUCGCCAGGGACAUCAUCUCAGCGGCCCUUCAAGGUCAUCUUUGUCAAUAAAACACCACCUGCGUCGGAAUGGGCCGAUGUGAUUGACUACCACGUUGCUGCUGAGAGCGACCGAUGGGUUACCAAAGUCCUCGAAGAUUGGAAGAAGAUGAGGCCAGCAGACUGGGAGGUCCAACAGACUCUUGUCACUUCGGACGGAAACACCAGCAUGAGUGGAGGUCUUAAAGUCAUAAAGACGGCCAAGUCAUCAACCGAAAUCAAGGAGAAGAAAGGUACAUAA